GUACACUAAUCGAAAAUAUCAGUUACGGUACGUUUCGGUAACCGUUAAAUUGUUCCAAGCAACGCGAUCGAUCCCGUUAGUACCGCCAUGCGUUUUCCCUGGCUAGUUCUGGCUUCAUGGCUCUCUGUCGCGGAUCCAGGACGUGCAGGAGCUCAGAGGGAUGAGCACUACGAUGUCGUGGGUGUCUCCUGUGGGCAAGACGAGGUCGUCAGCUGCAUGCUCGUCCGGUGCACUGAGGGCGGCUUCUGCCCGGCGGAACAGUACUGCUACGACCCAAAAUGCGUUUGCCGCCGGGGGUAUCGGCGGGUGCGAGGAGCAUGCCUGCCCAAGCACACGGCCCACCACCUGGACAGCGAUACCCUCAACUCGGCCCUGCUGCAAACACAUUUUCAAGAGAAUUUUCACUUUUAACUUUUCGUUUUUCAUCAUUUUUGCAU